AUGGUCUUCUUCGGAACCAGACGGCUGCUCGCAGUGAUCUGUUGUCCUUCAUGCGGGGCAUAGUCAGCAGGAUGCAGCUCCGGGGCAGGAGGCUGGUGACCUCUGUCAUCGAUGCAGUCGAGGAGAAGGUAGCAGAAGUCGCAGAGGUUGGGGCUGCGUGGGCCACGGACGUCGUCGAGCGAGAUGAUUUGGCAAUUCGCAGCUUCACCCUGACGAAGCAGGGCCUUGUGAAGUCGUUGCCGUACCCCUGCAAGACGGCCGAGUGCCCGUACUGGGGUGACCAUGGGAAGGCGUCUCCAAUGAUUCCUGGACUGACGGCAGUUCUGUACCUGCUCCUGCGAUAUGCAAAGUAUCCUAUGGAGCAUGCAUUGGCAGUGAAUGCAAUUCUGGGUGGUGACUCUGCGGCGCGAGGAGUUGUUUUGGGAAUGCUGCUCGGUGCCCUGCACGACCCCGAGGCGAUACCGCAGAAGCUGCUUCAGCAGCUGAAUGCCGCUGGCAAAGUCCAGAGGCUACUGAAAGCAGUCGAGCCGAAAAAGAACCCGGGAAGGAAGGUCAGGAGGAAUCGGAUGCAACAUCUUGGGAGCGUACGUCAUUCUUGA